AUGCCACCUCCACCUCCCUCAAAACCUCCCCCCCUCCCAACAAACCACCUCACCUUCGACACCUGGAACUCCUCCUCAACAGGCCACCAAAUCGCCGACCCCGGAUCCUCCCGCGGAAAUACCUCAUGGCGCGAGACCCGACGAGAGAAACUCACCAGACAGUUUGGGGCGGGCAGGGGGGAUUGUACAUAUGAUAUUGAUGGGGGGAGUAAAGGGGAGUGGGUUGUGACCCAGAUACCUGCAGAAGUGCAGAAGCAGCAGCAGAAGCAGCAGCAGAGAGAUAUACGGAGGGCAGGGGCAGGGGGUGGGUUAGCAGCUGGAAAACUACAAAAGGAGAUACAAAGGGGUGGGUGGAAGGGGGUUAAGUUGGUGAGGGUUCAGUGGGCUAUGGAUAGUAUUGCAGCAGGGAAACGUCUCUCCGAGGCGAAAUAUGCUGUUCAGUUGAGGACGAACCAGAGGAGUGUGCUUGCAUUUACGUCGUCUACAUCAAAUAUCAUUUCAUCACUUUCAUAA